AUGGCUAUCCUCCUAAAUAUUCGAGGAUAUUCUCGCAUAAUUUACGCAGAUACGAGGAUUCGCAAUCAAUGGUUAGGAGAACUUCCACGACAGCUUGAAUGGGGUUAUACGGUCAACAGGGGCGAUGUUGAGGACGAUGCCGAGGAAACUGAACGAGAGAUUGGAGACGAUUGCAUUGAUUUAUUGAAGGGCUACAACCUUCCGAGAUGCCUCCUUUUAUACACAAAAUGCCUCCAUCCCAGCUCGGCCUCGAAACUCCCAACAGCACAUCUAGGCUUAUCAAGUUUGGGAUCUCAAAGCCCUGUAUCUGACGAGUCCCCAUCCAACAAGAGCCCCUUCGCACUAUAUCUAUCCGUCCUCUCCAUCUUCUCCAAUGUCAAACUUCUGUAUAACUGCCCUGCUGCACCUGGUGCCUACGGAGCCCCGUAUGGUGCUUCUGCAAGUCCUCUUGCUCUGUCUUGGUCCUUGACAUGGGAACCUAGCAGUUUGAAGAACGCUGGAAAUGCUUCUCGGGAGAACGCCAAGGUCGACGCUGCAGAUGUCUGGGAUACGCUCGGAGACGACGUGACUACCCUGAAUGGUGAUUUGGUUGGCUGUGUUGGAUGGUACGAAGUCCUCCAUUGA